AUGGAAGAAAAGGAUCAUCCCUCUCUAGAUAUUGUUGACGAUCCAUUAUGCCUCAAUGGAGGCUCAAUUACAAAGGCUAAGGCUAAAAAGAUGAAGAAAGCACUUAAUGUGCUAAUUGAAGAUGUAAAGGUGAAAGCUACAAUUGAAGAAGAUUUGACCAAGAUUAAAGCCUAUUGCUUUUGGAAUUGUUUCUUCACAAUUCAAUAUGCAUAUUCUCUUGUGAGCAUGUUCCAAGCAGCGAAGAUCGUGUCUGCAGCCUUGCAAAAUCCUAGAAAUCUCCGGCUUGGUCUUGCAACAGAUGGAUUCAACCCUUUUGGUGAUCUUAGUUCUAGAUAUAGUUGUUGGCCAGUUAUUUUGGUCAAUUACAACCUUCCUCCGUUGAUGUGCAUGGCGAAGGAAAAUCUUAUGUUGACAUUAUUGAUUCCAGGCCCGAAGCAACCAGGAAAUGAUAUAGAUGUAUACUUGGAACCCCUAGUGGAGGAUUUGAAGGAGUUAUGGGACAUUGGUGUGGAGACGUAUGAUGCAUUUAGCAAGUUAGUGUUCAAUAUGAAGGCUAUUUUGAUGUGGACAAUCAAUGAUUUUCCAGCUUAUGGAAACUUAGCUGGAUGUGCCACAAAAGGGAAUUUGGUUGCCCAAUAUGUGGUGAAGAAGAAGAAGUGGUUUGAUGGGAAUAAAGAGACAAAAGGAAAACCUAGGCCUCUGAAUGGAUUAGAAAUUCUUAAUGUAGUGAAAGACAUUGAAAAUGACUGGGGUAAAAAGAAAAUGGGUAAAGAUAUCAAUAAUACAAAGAAAAAGAGGAAGGAGCGUGAUGGUAUAAAAAAAGUUCAAAAACUAGUUCAAAUGUGGAAGAAGAAGUCAAUAUUUUUCAAUUUUCCAUACUGGAGUGGGCUCCUGCUACAUCAUAACUUAGAUGUUAUGCAUGUUGAAAAGAAUGUUUGCGAGAAUAUCAUAGGUACAAUGUUAAACUUAAAGAAAAAAUCAAAAGAUGGUGUUAACGCUCGCAAAGAUUUGAGGUUGAAGAAAAUAAAGUUACCUGAUGGUUAUAGCUCAAAUAUUGGUAACUGUGUUUCUUUAGAAGAACGAAAGCUUAUUGGGUUGAAAUAUCAUGAUUGUCAUGUUCUUAUGCAACAAUUGCUUUCAGUAGCAUUGAGAAGUCUUUUACCAAAAGGUCCACGUAAUGCUAUAUUUUUGCUUUGUGCAUUUUACAAUGAGUUAUGUCAAAGAGUGUUAGAUAGGAACCGUCUAGAACAACUCGAAGAGAAUAUUGCUGAAACUUUAUGCAUGUUGGAGAGGUACUUUCCACCUGCUUUCUUUACCAUCUCUGUUCAUUUGACAAUUCAUUUAGCAAGAGAGGCUUGCCUGUGUGGGCCAGUUCAAUUCCGCUGGAUGUAUCCAUUUGAAAGGAUGCACAUUGAGGAGCUUAAACAAACAGAUCGUCGUUUCUCAAGUAACGAAACACUGUUACAAAAACGACAUAUGGAAACAUUUGCUCAAUGGUUAUCAAAACAUGUUCUUGAUAACUCUUCAGAUCGGAUUCAAUGGCUAGCACAUGGUCCAAGAAAGCAUGUUAUAUCGUAUACAGGUUAUAUUAUAAAUGGACAUCGGUUCUACACAAUUGAUGUUGGAAGGUCGACACAAGAUAGUGGUGUUUCAGUUGAAGAUGAUACUAUUUGGCAAUCUAGUUCUACUGAUUCACAUACAGUAGGAAGACUAUCAUACUAUGGGGUUAUACGAGAUAUUGUGUUACUGGACUAUUAUUUUUUCAAAGUACCUGUUUUUAGGUGUGAUUGGGCUAAUCCUGGAACUGGUAUCAAAAUGGAUGAUGGUUUUACACUUGUCAACUUACACCAAGGACUAAGGACUUUUGAAAAUGAUCCUUUCAUUUUAGCAUCACAAGCAAAGCAAGUUUUCUAUUCUAGGGAAAAUGAUGAAUCAAAUUGGUAUGUGUUGCUAAAAGCACCAGCUCAAGGUAUUCAUAACAUGGAUUUGCUUGAAGAGGAUGCAUAUACAUCAUCAAAACCUCUUGAUGUGUCCAGACUUGAGAUUAACAUUACUGAGAAAGAACCAUAUUCUAGAAAUGAGUGUGAGGGAAUUGAUGUUAUUGAUAUCCCAUGA